AUGAUUGCCCACUGUGUGUUGUUAACCAUCUACCGGUUCUACCGCUACGGCCCCGAGACCAAAUCCUGGGACCUGCGGUUCCACAUAAUCAAGGACGUCAUGCAUACCUUCCUGGCCGACUCGCUGCCGCACGACCUGAAAAACACCGACUCGCAGCGCAUAAACUACCGGGAAAUUGCCGACUACAUCUCGCUGAACAACCUGCCAGUACGUCCACUGACAUUAAGAGACGGCGUGAACCGCGAGUUCUCCAUAGAAAUCAACCACAGCCUAUGUGUAGACUACCCGAGCCUCACAUACAAAGACUCCGGCCGCCGCCUGCAGAAACUGGCCCAGGAGGACCGCCGCGCGUGCGACGCCCAGGCUCCACGCACGCUAUCGUUCCAGUGCGUUUUGGGCAAGCAUGCGAUGCACUGCCAUACGUGCAAGUCGCAGGCAAUGGGGAGCAAAAUACUGGCUCCCUAUCCGAUUCGCAAGGACGAGCAGAUUAUCUUGCAUUUCCACGGCGGCGCCUAUUGCCUCGGGGAGCGCUCCCUGAACCAUCUCUUCAUAUACGCAAACACCUCGUCGGCGACCAAUAUGCGUGUGUUCUCGCCAAACUACGCCCUGGCCCCGCGCCACUGCUUCCCGCAGCAGCUCCACGACUGCUACAUCGCAUACCGCUACCUUUUGAACAACGGGUUUGCCCCCAGGAACAUUUUCUUGGGCGGCGACAGUGCCGGCGGCACGCUGGCCUUGGGCCUGCUGCUUUUGCUCAAGGACCUGAAGAUGGAGAUGCCCAGGGCAGCCAUGCUGGUUUCGCCGUGGGUUGAUGUCACGUGCCCGGGCAACAGCUGGCUCACCAACAGAAACCUCGACUACUUGCCGGCCUUUUCGCUCGACGACCCCUUCCACCCAACCCGCAUGUUCUACGAUGCCGGCCGGCCGUUAUCGCAGCAGAUGCUGGAGGAGCUCAAGUGUCCGCUGGUUUCGCCUGUCUACGGCGACCUGUCCGGCCUGCCCCCGCUGCUGGUGCAGAUGGGCCAGAAUGAGCUGCUCCACGACGAUAUCUGCACCCUGGUGGCCAAGAUCAAAAAGCAGAACCGCGGCCGCCCAAAUGCCGUAACCCUCGAGGUCUACAAGGACAUGCCCCAUGUCUUUGUGCUGUUCGAUUUUACCGACGCCGCAAAGCGCGCCUUUGGAAGCAUGGCCAACUUUGUCCAGACUGUUUAA